UGAACUCAAGAUCCUCCUGCCUCACUGUGUUCUGGGAUGGAGCAUAGGUAGGCACCAUGAUGCCCAGCUGGUAUGCAGCCUUGAUAAUGCAACUACAGAUGCUAAUUGGGUCACUGGAGAGGAACCUAAGAGCUCUGAAAUGUUUCUUUCAGCUGCCAGCCACGCCAGCUGUACCAGUCACCAUGGAGAAGGCCCUUGUGCUUCUGCUCCUGGCCCUUGUGGCUGUGGCCUAUGCAGCUCCCGGCCCUCGGGGAAUUGUCAUCAACCUGGAAGACGGUGAGAUCUGCUUGAACAGCGCCCAGUGCAAGAGUGGAUGCUGCCAACAUAACACCAUCCUGGGCAUCCUGCGCUGCACAGCCAAGUCCAGAGAGAACAGCGAGUGCUCCCCACCGACCCUCUAUGGGAUUUACUACACGUGUCCCUGUGAGCGGGGCCUGUCCUGCGAGGGGGACAAGAGCAUCAUCGGUACCAUCACCAACACCAACUACGGCAUCUGCCUGGAUGUCGCCCGCUCCAAGGAGUGAGAGCACCUGGCACCUCCCCCUUCCUCCUCCACCUGCCCCAUGUCAUCCAGCAUCCAACUUGGCAAUUAAAG